CAGGAAGCGAACAGUUUGAGACUCCGACGCAGAUGCUGCCGUCUACUCCCUUCUUUCUGCGAAUAACAUUGGCCGUGCUCCAAUCCUCUGGACCAUAGAAACACGACUCUAACACCCCGUCGUUGUGGAUGUCGCGUUUUUUGUUUAAUAUCCGUAACAUAUUGGCCGUAAAACCAGAGAAGAGUAAAAUUAGGAGCUUGAGUGCAAGGCAAGGGCGUGUUUGAGUGAAGUGUUGGAGAGACGGACUGCCUCCUCCUCCCUGGAUGCUAGCUCGGUAGCCUUUGCAUGUCAGUGUAGUUAAAGUUGUGUUGCGUUUGCGUUUUUUUUAUUUAUUCGGUUCAGGCUAGAAGAUGGGAUGUACUCUGAGCACGGACGACAAGGCGGCACAGGAGCGGAGCAAGAUGAUCGACAGGAAUCUGCGGGACGACGGGGAAAAAGCUGCUCGGGAGGUCAAGCUGUUGCUGCUCGGUGCUGGAGAGUCUGGGAAAAGCACAAUUGUCAAACAGAUGAAGAUCAUCCAUGAAGCAGGAUACUCAGAGGAGGAGUGUAAGCAGUACAAGGCUGUGGUCUACAGUAACACCAUCCAGUCCAUUAUUGCCAUCAUCCGAGCCAUGGGGCGCCUCAAGAUUGACUUCGCCGACCCAGCCAGAGCAGAUGAUGCUCGGCAGCUGUUUGUUUUGGCCGGAUCAGCAGAGGAGGGUUUCAUGACAGGCGAACUGGCCGGGGUUAUCCAGCGGCUGUGGAAAGACGGAGGAGUUCAGGCCUGCUUCAGCCGCUCCCGAGAGUACCAGCUCAAUGACUCCGCAGCAUACUACCUAAAUGACUUGGACAGGAUAUCCCAUGGUGCUUACGUGCCCACCCAGCAGGAUGUGUUGAGGACCAGAGUCAAAACUACCGGCAUCGUUGAAACACACUUCACUUUCAAGGACCUGCAUUUCAAGAUGUUUGAUGUAGGCGGGCAGAGAUCAGAGAGGAAGAAGUGGAUCCAUUGUUUCGAGGGAGUCACAGCCAUCAUCUUCUGUGUGGCUCUCAGCGACUACGACCUGGUGUUGGCCGAGGAUGAGGAGAUGAACCGAAUGCAUGAAAGCAUGAAGCUGUUUGACUCCAUCUGCAACAACAAGUGGUUCACGGACACCUCCAUCAUACUCUUCCUCAACAAGAAGGAUCUGUUUGAGGAGAAGAUCAAAAAGAGUCCUCUGACAAUCUGCUACCCUGAAUAUGCAGGUUCCAACACUUAUGAGGAAGCAGCAGCUUAUAUUCAGUGCCAGUUUGAGGACCUGAACAAGAGAAAGGACACCAAGGAGAUCUACACCCACUUCACCUGUGCCACCGACACCAAGAACGUGCAGUUUGUGUUUGAUGCGGUCACUGACGUCAUCAUCAAGAACAACCUGAAGGACUGUGGCCUUUUCUAAAGGCGUAUGUUGCCCGUUCGCCAAGUGACUUUAUUCGAGGGGAGUCUGACUGGAGGGAACUUCAUGGACACUGCUGAGAAUGUCACUUUUAACCUCUUAUUAACUUAUGUUCAUCUCUAAAAGUUUUAAGAAACGGUGUGUGGAAAAAAAAAACAUUUUGUGUAAAAUAUUUGUACAACCGUCUAAGGCCGGGGAUUUUUCAGUUUUUAAAAUGUGCUUGUUUUACCUGUCAUUAUUUUUAAUUUUUGUAUGAAAAGGGGGGCCUUUGCAUUUUUUUUUUCUCGCCUUUUCUAUUUUGUCAAUGAUUGAACACUUCUUGUCUUUUUGUUUGUAGGUGCUUGUGCCUUGCAUGCAUUAGUUGCAGUGUUUUCUUUUUACUGCUUUAGAUGUUAGGUUUAUGUAGAUGUUACCAUUGAAGCCCCUCAUUCCAUAUUAUCUCUUUCUUUUUCCACUGUGUAUGUCAUGUUGGUUUUGCUUCCUCGGGACUAACCAAACAAGACAAAGUCACUCUAUAGACCAAUUCACUCUGACUCUGGCAUACUGUGAGAGCUCGUGUUUGUGUGAGUUUGUGUGUGUGUGUGUGAUCUGUGUGAUGAUCGAGGGCCAAAGUUAGUGUGAGAUAUUUGGCAUGCCUGAUUUCUGAAUGUAUGUGAGAAUGUGUGUACAAUAAAAACAAAGGGAUUUUAUUAAUCUGUUUGUCAUCCUCUUUCAAAGUUUUAUUUUUCUAAAUGACCAAAAACAAGCUACUCUCUGUCUGUUAUUACAGAGUGCACGUUGUCAGUGCACUGCUACAAACUAACAUUCCUGAUCUGAAUCAUGAAGGAAAGAAAAGCUUUGAACAGAGGAUGCCAAAGUCGGCCUUGUAGCAGACAGUAGGAUCACAUGUAGAUCUGUGUUCAGUGCAUAGACAGGUGGCUGAGUACAGGUGCACUGUUAUUAUGAUCUGUAAUGGUUUCCAGUUACAUAUCCCCCCUAGACCCCAACCCUCUGUUUCCAUUGGAUGGGGACGUUAGUGGACUAAUCUCCAUGAUUUUGCUAAUAAAAGAGUUGCAGUGGUAAAACCAUGGCAUCUUAUGCAAGAAA